AAUAUUAAAAGUUAUUCGUGUAGUUCGAUUUUUUAAAAAUAUUUUUAUUUAUAAAGUAUAUUUUAUAUAUAUUAAAAUUUUAAAAUAAUUAAUAUUUUAAUACAUUCAAAAAAUAUUCGAUUUUCAAAUCGGUCCAGUUCUGUUUCGGUUUUUCGUAUUAAGAGAUAUAGUAAUCGUCCGGGGAUUUUGUAAUUUUUGGACCGAUUUUGGUCUUGGUUUUUUCAGUUCGGCUCGGUUAGGAUUUUGGAUAGUAUGCCCAUGACUAAUUUUAGCUUUACCCCUUUCGAGAGAGAAGAAGCAAAACCUAAAUUCCUGAUCAUGCCGCCGAGUAAUCUGAGAGCCGUCGUUGCGCAGAUGUACCGGGGUGGGUCUCGCAACUUAUCCUCAUCGCCUCUUGGAGAGGCUACGAGGGGUUUGAAGAGUAGAGACUCAUCUUUGGUGCCAAAGAAGAAGAAUCCUUCUAUUCUCCCAUGGGUGGUGGCUGGUUAUACAGUUAGCUUUGUUCGGAGUAGGAUGAAUGUACUUCGACGCCAGCGGAUGUUGGAUAAACAGAUAGAAUCAAACAAUUUGCUACGUGAACAGGUGAUGAAGGCGGAUUCACUCUACGGGGAUUCUCUAAUGAAAUAAGAUCUUGUGAGCAGUAUGUGUUUUGGAUGCUCAUGUUGUCAAACCUUUAUGUUUUUUUUUUUUUCUUUUUAAUGGAUUUGUAUUAUUAUUACAUCAACUGUUAGUAAAGCUCGAGCUCGAGAGAGAAUGGAGAAGAAAGUUCUUUUCUGUUAUUAGAUUCUGUUACAAUCGAGUUACAUUUAUAGUAUCGGUUUAUAGUUGUACCGAAUACAUUUUACAUAACCGAUAUAAACCAACAUCAUACAUUAAUAUCAACACUCCUCUAUUUUCAACAA